AAAGAAAAUCCCCACGGCCGUGGUCAGUCGCAACGCAGUAGGCUACGGUUGGCUAUUUUGUAGGAUCCGGAUCUCUAGUGAAAAAGCCUACACCUCUCCUGAUAAUAAUGAACGCGCACUUGGUGUUUAAACGUUAUUGUGAUUGUGAUUUGUGAGUUGUGUUCACUGAGUGUUCAGUGUACCUAGUGUACGCUUGUGGACUGCGGUCAACGGUUUUGUUAGGUUAAAUUAUUUUUUUGUCCGUAUCUUUUGUAUGUUUUUUUGUGUUAUUUAAAAAAAAAAAACAUUGCUUACCUAUAAGUUUUUUUUAACAAUACAAAGUGUUCAUUAAUUUGUUAGCCCGCUCAUACGCUGUCCUCCGAUGACAAAUAAUUGUUGUUAAAUAGUAAUAAUAUAAUAAUAAUAAUAAAAAAAAUAACAAUAACGUCCAUACAGCGUAAAUCUUUAUCGUUUACUAUAUUACACUAGGUUGCUGAAUUUACAUAUAUUGUUUUUUCAUUACACCAGCGUUUCCCACGUUUUUUUUUGUCGUCUACAAUCCACACAGAAACCGUGCGCUUAGUGUUGCGAAGUUCCUGGCACUGGCUACUGUCUAAUGCAACUCACAUUGUCACGGCCAACAUUCUAGUACACUGCUCGGAGGAUAGGAUAACGUUACUAUAUUAAAAUGCUACUUUUCAAAUGUAUCGUCAUCGCCUGUACGGCUUUGACGUUGACCAGUGGUUUCGACUUGGAGACCGCAGACGACGCUUUUUCGUUGACCGCCAAAGUAGUUGAAUAUGUUACGAAGACUUGGGAAAUAGCAGAUAAGGUGGAAGAGCGAGUAGGCAAUGACAACUCGCCUGUUGUGUGGUUCACCAAGAAGAAAGAACGCAUGAUCUUACACAAUUUCGGGAUAAUCACUCAACUUAUGAAGACAUCUCAAAAAGACACAGAUGACGUUAGAAGCAUGAUGUUGGGUAGCCUCAAAAAGCUGCAGAACAUGCCUAAUGUAGUGCUCAAUGGCAUCCAAGUAAACGAACUCCUAGAGUCUGUGAGGUCAAUCGAAAAUGACUAUAAAACCAUGGAAGAGUAUAGAUCUGGUGACAAUGAUUCCAAAGAAAAUAAUGUAAAUCCAACAUAUACAUCUUAUACAUUAGAAAAGUUUGCUGAUGCCAUGCUGGAUUUCUCACCAGGAGCUCCACACAAGCAGUUGUCAAAAAUUCACACAUUCAUUGUUCCACAAUGGGAAGGAUUUAACUUUCAUACAUAUGGAGGAAUUUUCAAUAUAUUAACAGAAACUUUGGAAAAUAGUGAUAUGCUUUGUGACAAAAAGCAAUCUCUCCAACAACUCAUAUUCAAUUUAUACAUGACAUUACAUCUAACACAGUUAAAAGGAUUUUCUGUUAUGCAGUUUUCGUGGAUGUUGUUGCAAACUUAUGGCAAAGGAAACUUCUCGUACGAACGGCAAAAGCAAAUGGACCAGUUUGAAGAUAGAAUUCAUAAGCAAAUAAGUGUAUUGAAAAAAUCAAUGGGAUCUGCGAGUAACAUGUAUUGGAGAUGUGACCCAUCAAAGCACGUCAGAGGUGAAACUUACUAUGAAGUAACACAACUGUUGCAGGGAUUUCUCGAAAAUGAAGUAGAUAUGAAUUUUGAACAGAACUGUUUUCAAAACUGUGCUUACUAUGACGUCGCCGAACAUAGAUCAUGUUUCAAAGAUCAAUUUUGUGCUAAACAGCACGCUUGUCAUGGACGCAUAUUGAACUGUCAGUUUAUUGAUUCCGACAUGCGAGUUUGUCAAGCACCAUUUGGAAGUACUAGACGUUAUGACUAUAUUGAAUAUGCGAAUGGCAGAGUAUUGGGUGACAACUCUGUAGGAUGCAAAGGUGCAACAAGUAAAGUAGACAGUUGGUGGAGAUAUUUAAUGUGGCACUGUUCUUAUUGCUUUUGCAUUUGCGAUUCGUCUGAUACUGCAUCCGAUCGGUAUUUCAGUCUAAGGCCUUCAUUAUCUGACAUUUCUCAAAACAAAGUUGUAACUGGCGUGAGGUUCAACAAGGUAAAACAAAUGUUCCAUUUACAAGUAGAAGAAGGUGUCCUCGGGCCUCGUGGUUCUAUAAACGAGUCAACGAGACGUUGGGUCGAUUUACCUGUUCCUGGAUUUACUUAUCAGAACGUAACUCUUCGUGACGGCGUAGACUAUCAUACCUUAUCAUAUACCUCUCGCGCUAUCGACCUAGACAAUGUGAUGGCACCAAAAAAUAUGGUUGUCACAGGUGUUAAGUUUAGAAUGAUUGGACCUCAUUUAAACAUUGAGACGCGUGUUACUCCUUUUGAUUUUGCCACCGGUAAAUUGACAGAACCUAUUGAAAAAAGUUAUUGGAUUGGAAAUGAAAAUACAGAAUUGUCUCCAACUGGACGUACUGAAAUUGACAUAAGUAAUUCUGACUUGCCUACAAAAGCGAAGACUGCAUCUGAACCAGAUGUAUCGUCAAACAAGUUUCUUAUGUUUACACAUUCUUCUAUGGAUCGUGAUGUUGCACAAACCACAUUGCCAUUUAUUGACAAACAAACCGUUGCACCAUAUCCCGCUACUCCACUUUCUGGAGUAGGAAUUUACUUUAAAGGAAUUAAAGAUCAUGCUGGUUAUAUCGGGGCUAAUGUAUUUACAUAUGAUUUCAGCCAAGAUAUAAGUCCCGAUUUAUUUUUAUUAACAAAACAAUAAUUCUCAUCUAUUUGAUGUAUAUAUUUAUUCUAAUAUCUGUAAAUUUACCUUGGUAUUCAAACAUUACUAUGUUUUAGUUAUAAAAAUGUUAAGCUUAAUGUGCCAAAAAUGUGAACAAUUUAGUUAAAACUAUAUGAGACAAACUAUGUUAGUUAUUAGGCAUAUUUAUAUUUGUAAAUACAUGCAUGACUAAAGAAGAUUGUGAUAAUAUUAUUUUUUAAACUUAAGAAAUUAAUUCUUUUGUGUUAAAAAAUAGAUUCUCAUGGUUAUACAAGUAA